AUGGAUGUUGGUGGAUUAUUUGUAACCUGGGUGAAUAUUCUCAAAAGUCUCAAGCACGCAAACGUCGGCUCCAUCGUUGUCUCCAUCAUUUGCAUCUCCAUUCUCGUCCCAAUCAAGUGGGCUUCGAGAAAAUACAAAGAGAAGCUGCGCGGAUUCCCCAUUCCCGGGGAGCUCCUUCUGAUUGUCAUUUUCGCCAUUUCGCAAACAUUCGCGCCCGAGUGGGGAAGUUUAGGCAAAAUACCCGAAGUAGGUGAAAUACCGAAAGGACUGCCGGUGCCUGUGCUUCCCGAUGUCACACUGUGGUCGAAAAUGAUUGCCGAAGUAAUUCCGAUCUCUGUCGUGGCCUACUCGACAAACCUUUCUCUGGGCAAACUCUUCGCAUUCAAGAACAACUACCAAAUCGACGCGAUGCAAGAAGCUCUGGCCAUCGGCAUCGCGAAUAUUUGCUCUGCGUUCUUUUCAUCAAUUCCAGGUGCGGCAUCCCUCUCGCGCUCGUCAUUACAAGAGGCUUCUGGAGGAAGAACUCAGCUCGCUGGCAUCAUGUCAUGUAUCGUUAUCUUAAUAUUUCUCCUCGUCGCUGGCCCGUACUUCUCGGUGAUUCCCAAAGCACUUUUGGCGAGUGUGAUCGCUGUUAAUCUGCGAGGCAUGUUCAUCCAGUUCCACGCGUUGCCGGAACUCUGGAAGUUUUCAAAAGUCGACUUUGGCGUUUGGGUGGGCUCCUUCAUAUCCGUUCUCGUAUUUGGAAUCGAUCUUGGUCUUGGUUUAGCUAUCCUUAUUCUUUUACUCUCGGUGGUGGUGCGCAAAACCGACGUUGUUGUUGCCGAACUCGGCACGACGCCAGAAGGAGAUAUUUUUAGAGAAACAGAGCAGUACGAGUCGUUGAAUGUUUCUGAGUACCCGAUCUAUAAAUUGCCUGGUUCACUCGAUUUCGCUUCAGCUGAGAAAGUUCUCGUUGCGCUUCCCAGACGCGGCCAGAUGCUGUUGGACUUUUCGGAGGUGUCUUACAUCGAUUGUGUUGGCCGGAACACGCUCGAAGCCGUCAUAAAACAUAUUGACUUCGUUGGCUUCUGCUGUGUCAGUGAGAAAACAAUGAAUCUGCUCAAUAUCUCUGGCAUCUCUGAAGAGGUCAAUGUUGGCAUAUACCCGACGCUGUUGGAUGGAUUAGCGAUGCUCAAAGAAAAGAACGAGCUCACUACUUCUUCCGAUCUUUCUCGCGAAAGCGACGAUUCAAAACUCUAG